GCCGUUCCUGAUAAGGUUCUCAAUUGGCUAUACAGCGUUCUCCUCCAGGAAUACCUUGAUGUAAAUCGCACCUACCAUGACGCUGCCGAAACGCUCUCCGCGCAUGCUUCACUCAGCCCGAAGACGGAGCUUUACACAUACGAAAACGGCGCCUCGGCUCUCCUGCUCCUCCUCACAGGCACACUACCUGUCACGUUCCGUGGCGCGACGUACGGCUUCCCGGUAGCGAUAUGGGUGCCUCAUGACUACCCUCGAGAACCGCCAAUGGUAUAUGUGACGCCGUCGCAUGACAUGGUAUUGAGGCCGGGUCAGCAUGUGAGCACCGAUGGCCGAGUCUACCAUCCAUACUUGGCGCAAUGGGCAAAGUACUGGGACAAGUCUACACUCUUCGACUUCCUGGCAGUAUUACGGGGUGUCUUUUCAAAGGAACCGCCGGUGCGAUCGAGACAACAGCAGCCGCAAUAUAACACGCCUGCGCAACAAGCACCCCCACCAGUACCUCCACCGCCCGAGGAAUGGCGACGUUCAGUACAUAGUGCCUCUGGCGCAUCCCCCUCACCAGCGCAUCCAGGCCAACCGCCAGCUCCCCCGCCGAAGCCGCCGAAACCCCAUGAACAGAGCCAACAUACACCGCAACCGCCUCAUGACAGGUAUUCGCAACCGCCUCCGCUACCGCCGCAUAUUCCACAGCCACAACCAUUUCAUCAUCUCCAGAGAAAUACAUGGCAGGAGCUGCCGCUAGGUCAACAGUAUGCGCCGUCUCGCCAAGGGAGCUACGACAUAAGCCCAGCGACACCAGUGUCAAGGCAUCAACACCCACAAGCACAAGGAUACCCCCAACAGACUGUCGACCUUGGCAGCCCUGUAAGUCCUAUAGUGGCCGAUGGUCACCGAGCGGGAUUCCAGAAGUCAGCUCCCCCACAACCACCUGGAUUUCAACAUGUCCAACAGCACCAAGGGCCACCAGUUCCCCAACAACAACAACAACAAUACGGCGGUCCUCCACCACCACACCAGCAAUACCAGCAGCCGCCUCAAGGCUACCCACCACAGCAACAUCCUCAAUAUCAACAAUAUCCACAACAGCAAGCACCACCAGCCCCAAAGCCUCCAGUCGACCUUCUCGAUGACUCGCUUGAAGUUACCUUGCCGUCUCAAUCAGAAAACCAGAUCCCAUUGCCUGUGCCUCCUGUACCACCGAACCCUGAAAAGGAUGCACUUCUCCAAGCCCUAAGCCAAACGCUUGUAUCACAGAUUCAACAAACAGUGGCAUCUAACACGGCUGCAGUGGCACCACUCCGUGCGCAACAAGCAGCUCUACAGAACGCAUACUCCAGAUUACAGGCCGAAUUGGGCGAACUGCAGCAGCUUGACGCGGCGCUUGCUUCUAAUGAGCAAGUGUUGAAAGGUGCUAUGAUCGAGGCUGAUCGAGUCAUGGAGGAUGCCAGGAGGAGAAAGGCACCCGAUGUGGAUGACGUGCUAGUAGCACCUACCGUGGUUGGAGGGCAGCUAUACACGCUUGCUGCGGAGGAGAGAGGUAUCUCAGAUGCGCUGUUUGUCCUGGGACGAGCCUUGGAUAAGGGGCGGAUUAGUACAGACGUUUUUGUGAAACAAACCAGGAGUCUUGCCCGCGAGCAGUUUCUCAAGAAGGCGCUGAUUAAGAAGAUCGCAAAGGGUAUGGCUUUGGAUGAAUACCAGAUGCGAUAG